AUGGCUACCGAAGAAUUGGUGACUGAGCAGUUUCAGUUUUUAGGCAUAGAAGUACACAACGAUGUUUUGACCAAAUGUGUGCGUUUGUGCGAGGAGUAUGAUAAAGACGCUGAAACUUUUAUUGAACAAUGGAUGGCAUUUAGUUUAACUCAUCUCAAUGGAGCUCCGCCUACAAUUGAAAACUUAAGUCUACUCGAAACACGAGAAUUUUCCAAGAACACGGCAAGUAAAAGUUACGCGCACACCAAUGAAACUUUUGACUCAAGUACCGGCACGAGUUUGCCACUGUACGGAGCAGCGCUCAGAACGCAUUCAGAGAAUGAUGUUCUUUCAAAUUAUAUGACAACAACACCAAAGAGAAUUAAAGUUGAGAAAGAUCAAAAGGCAGUACAAAAUGAAAUAUGUCCAGUUACUUACUCUCCAACGGCAAGUUCAACGAAAUACACUUCAAGGACAAAUCAGGGUUCAGUCGUUCAUUCAUAUGGAUCAGAGGAACUUUUACAGAACUUAGUGAAAUGGGAUAAUUUAAACAUGUCAGAAAUAAAUGUAACUCAAAUACCAAAUGAUGAUGGAGAAUUGUACACAACGGCCAAGUUUGGUUUCGAAUUACUGCACGAAAAGGCGAGCGUAUUCGACGGACACAUUCGAUAUAUUUCGCAAUGUAUUAUGAAGAAAAACGGUUUCUCAGAAUCUGUAUCCGUGACGCAUAAGACGCAGAACGAAGUAUAUGUUUCGGGCCGUAUAGACUGCGACGCAAACGCAAGACUGAAUGCCAAAAGUGUUGUUCUACAGGGGACAUGGGAACACUCUUUAAGUACCAGUGUAUCUGUUGAUUUGGAUAAUGUUAAGCAGUAUUCCCUCUUCCCCGGUCAAGUUGUGGUCAUGAGGGGCACGAAUCCAAGGGGUGAUGUGUUCAUAGCACAGGAAAUAUUUAGCGAUGGCUCUAGAUCUAUUCCAGAUAGGAAAGCUGAUAUGAUGAACACAUUGAAGGGUGACCUGUCUAUGGUGGUAGCGGCUGGUCCCUACACAACAUCAAAUAAUCUUGCUUAUGAGCCCCUGAAAGAUUUCAUAACAUACAUAAACACACACAAACCUCAGGUAGUCAUCAUGACGGGGCCGUUCUUAGAUGCAGACCAUACGAAGGUCAAAGAUAAUUCCAUGGCUGAGACUUUUAAGUCUUUCUUCGAGAAAUUGACUGACAGCUUGGCUGAAAUUCAUACAACAAGCCCAUACACAAAGAUAUACAUAGUGUCAAGCCUUAAAGAAGCCUUCCACUUGAAUAUUUACCCAACACCACCAUAUUCUGUGAGAAAGAAAUAUGCUAAUAUACACUUUUUACCGGAUCCUUGCUUCAUUAAUAUUAAUGGUGUGGUGGUAUCAGUCACUAGCACUGAUGUCUUGAUGCAUAUUAGCCAGGAGGAAAUAUCAUUUGGUUCUGGUGGAGAUAAAUUGUCACGUUUGGCUGGUCACGUGAUAUCACAACAAUGCAUGUACCCACUAUGGCCGCCGCCGCUAACACAUCAAGUUGACGCGGCACUGUGGGCGGCGCACGCGCAACUACCCACUACUCCUCAUAUACUCGUUCUACCCUCCAAUUUUAGAUAUUUCGUAAAGGAUAUCAACGGUUGCCUGGUCGUUAAUCCGGAGCACUUAACAAAAGGAAUGGGGGGAGGUACUUUCGCUCGCCUACUUAUAUCAGACAUCGACAAUUCCAAUAGUAUUGCGGCACAAAUCGUUCGGAUUUAA